ACUUUAAACAGGAAGACAUUGCCAUUGAAAAAAGGCUAAGGUACAGCUAGACUUUAGGCUAUUAGCAAAUUUCAACAAAAAAUGACGACUUAUAAUGAAAAGAGUACAGAUGCUGCAGUAAAUAUUAGUUCAGAUGACUUUGAGAAGUCAGCUGAUGCCACAGAAAACAACAAAAGUACAGAUCCUACCGAAAAAAGCAAACCUAUGGAUGCUACUGAAAAAGGCAAAGUAAGGAUACUACAGGCAAAAGCAGAAGUAGAUAAUACAGAAAAAAGCCAAGGUAUGGACAAAGAGAUAUUUUGUGAUCCUUGUCAACGUAAUAACAAGUAUAAAAUUGCAGAAGGAUUCUGUGUGGACUGUGAUGAACAUUUAUGCUCUAGUUGUUUUAAUAUUCACAAGACAUUCCGAGUUUUACAACAUCAUGUGCUAGUAGAUAAAAAUAGUGUGCAAGAGAACCAAACUGGAAAUGUCAAGGACAUAUGUGUUGACAGGUGUCUUUCACAUACUGACAGGGUCAUAGAAUAUUUCUGCCAGUCAUGUGACAAACUUUGCUGUUCUGUGUGUAUCAUAAAGGGACAUAGGCACUGUGAAACAGUGGAUUUUAUUCCAGACAUUGUUGAAAAUAUAGAACAUAGUAAAGUCUUCCUAGAUGUAAAUGAAACAAUUCAUAAUCAGUCUGUUUUACUUGCAGAACAAGGCGAAAAAUGUAAAAUUAAUCAGGACAAACGUAAGAAGUUAAAAGAUUCCGCUAAAGAGGAUGUAAAAACAAAAUGCCAAGAGAUUCGUGACUGGUUGAAUAAAAACGAGAUAGAAAUGGAGAGGAAAAUAGAAACCAAAUAUACUGAACAACAACAAAGAUUUGACAUGGUCUCAAAUGAGGUCACACACCUGACAAAUGACCUUGAGAAGGCCAAAUUAAGUCUAACCACAAAGAAAAACUCGAGUCAAAGAUGUCAACUAUUUGUAGCAUUACAAAAAGCAAAGUUAACCACUAAAAAAGUAUACACAAGGCUACAAGAGUUAGAAAAAAUUAAAACAAUUCAAAAUUAUCGUUUCAAGGAAGCACCAUUCCUCCAAGAUGUUAAAAAGCAUACAGAAUUAGGCAUGCUUGAAGAAAUAAAGUCAGAUACAAAGAAAAAUAUAAAGUUUCUAUAUUCAUUUGAUACAGGUCUUGAAGGGAAUCCAGGAAGAAUGUGUAUGAUGUAUGACAAUAUAUUACUUCUUCAGAAUUAUUCUAUAAUGAUGCUUGAUCCAGGCAGGACACAACAACAAAUCCUUUCUGAAUUGAAAUUGAAUUCAACACCUGCUGACAUUACAAAAAUAUCUCAGAGGGAAGUUGCAGUUACGUUCCCAGAUGACGGUGUUAUAACUAUCUUUGAUGUUACCCCUGAAGGACAAAUCAAAGAAAAACAGAAAAUAGAUGCUGGGAGGGAUUGCCAUGGCAUCCAAUACUUUAAGAAGAGCUUUAUAGUCACUUAUUGCCACACUCUAUCAGGAUCUAUCAAAAUUAUUGACAUGUCUGGACACCUCAUAAAAGAAUUAGUUGGGAGCUCACCAUUGGUGUUCCAACUUCCAAUUGGUUUGGCUCUAAAUCAGAGAAGUGGUAUUUUGUAUGUAUCGGACAAUAGUGAUGAUACGGUUACCAGUCUUACUUUAGACAGCACCAUAAUAAAUGUGUAUAAAUGUCAACCUUUAUAUCUCUAUGGAGUGAGCUUAGAUGAAAAUGGGUCUGUUUAUGUAUGUGCUUGUUGUCUAAAGGAAAUUCACCAACUUUCAGACAAAUGUAGUUUGGUUCAAAUUUUGGAAAUUGAAUUUAAAACAUACUUGCAUGUACUGUUUUCAGAGACAAAUAACUUAAUGUAUGUCAGCACAUAUCAUGAGGGGAUCAUGGUAUUUAAA